GCCAAGUCAAUGGACAUGGAGAGGCCGGCGGCCCGGGAGCCGCAGGGUGCAGACGCGCUGCGCCGCUUCCAGGGGCUGCUGCUGGACCGCCGCGGCCGGCUGCACGGCCACAUGCUGCGCCUGCGCGAGGUUGCCCGGAGGCUCGAGCGGCUCCGCAGGCGCUCCCUGGUGGCCAAUGUGGCCGGCAGCUCGCUGAGUGCUGCGGGCGCCGUCGCCGCCAUCGUGGGGCUCUCGCUCAGUCCCGUCACCCUGGGGGCGUCGCUUCUGGCGUCGGCCGUGGGGCUCGGGGUGGCCACCGCCGGAGGGGCCAUCACCAUCACGUCCGACCUUUCCCUGGUCUUCUGCAACUCCCGGGAGCUGAGGAGGGUGCAGGAGAUCGCGGCCUCCUGCCAGGACCAGAUGCGCGAGAUGCUGAGCUGCCUCGAGUCCUUCUGCAGCUGGCAGGGCCGCGGGGACCGCCAGCUGCUGCAGUGCGGGAGGAACGCCUCCAUGGCCCUGUACAACUCUGUCUACUUCAUCGUCUUCUUCGGUUCACGUGGCUUCCUCAUCCCCAGACGGGCUGAGGGGGCCACCAAGGUUAGCCAGGCGGUGCUGAAGGCCAAGAUACAGAAACUGGCCGAGAGCCUGGAGUCCUGCACGGGCGCUCUGGACGAACUCAGUGAGCAGCUGGAGUUCAGAGUACAGCUCUGCGCGAAGUCCAGCCGUGGCCACGACCUCAGGAUUUCUGCUGACCAGCCUGGAGGGCUGUUUUUCUGAGAACAUUCUUUCCUUCUAUUGACUACAGGCCAGAAACCAUCCCAAUGGGAUGCUCCAGAUUUGUAGCACCCUCAGGGAAACACCAAGUUGGGCUGGGAACUGAGUGCAAAGGAUGAGAAAAACUGUUCUGUAAGUGGGUCAGUCCUCAGGGCCAUAUUUUCCCAUCACUGUGACAUCCUGCCUGGAAUUGAGUGCUAGGGACUUUUGGCUUUCCUGAUCCUAGUGGGGUAUGUGAGUUGAAAACUUUUUUCCUUUGUCAGACCGUUUGGUUUUCACAAAGCUAAGCCAAGGUUGCUGGGUACUCCUGCUUCAAGUUGUUGAAGGGGUCCCUGGCCCAGCCCUUCUGGUUUGAGUUGAGGCUGGAGAGAGUCUAGAAACACAGCCACCCUCUGGGUCCUCUCCAAGCCUUACUGGACCGUUCAUAUUCUCAAGAUGCCUGUGAGAGAUUAGCUCUAAAAUACCUCUUCCAGAAUUUCUGAGUACAAAGAACCCCAGAAUCCAGAGCAAACCAGACCCCCCUGUGAACUUUGCAGGAGGAUUCGGACUCAGAGAGGGCCCUUGAGCUGACAAGUCCUCCUCUCCCCUCUCCCCACUCACUGAUCCAGCCUGGGCAUGGAGUGGACUUUUUGUGGGUGGCUGUGACUGGACUUUCAAAUCCAGACUUGUAGGUAUUCUGAUAGGGAAAAAACACUCACCUAAGUCCUGCCCACUUGCAUGAAGAUACCGAGGCCAAGAAAGAUGAAGUGACUAACAGUGUCAUAUACUGACAUCAUAGUGUAAAGAAAAGAGCAGUGGCUUUUGAGUUAUACUGUCCUAGGAUUAUAACAGGCUGUGCUACCUACUAUGUGACUUUGGCCACUUAAUCUCACUGAGACUUGAUUGAUAAAACCUUGCCCUGUUGUGAGGUAUUGAAUGAGAUCAAGUGCCCAUCAGUGUCUGGCACACUGAGUGUGGUUCCUGUACUGGCAACACUAGCAUCACCCGGGAACUUGUUAGAAAGGCAAUUUCUUGGACCCAGCCCACUCCUGAUGGAAUUAGAAACUCUGGGAGGGGGCCCAACAACCUGUGUUUAAACCACCCCUCCAGGUGAUUCUGAUGUACCCUAAGGUUUGGGAACCACUGCAACAAAUGUUCGUUUCUUCUCCCCUUAAAGAGCCUUUCCAAAAUCACAUGGUCUCUCCAGGGGUCUCUGGUCUUCAGAGUCAUUCACAGAAGGUAAAGGACAGACUAUAUCAGAAGCAAAAGAAAAACUGUAUGUGUGUGCAUGUGUGGUGUGUAUUGCUUGCUGGUGAGUGCAUCCUGAGGGCCAUUUCAACACCAUGAGAACUGAGGGAUGUAACAUGUUAAGCCCUUUAGAGGGCAGUGUUGCCCACUUGUGGAAACUGGUACAGAAAGGAAUGUGAAUUUACCCGAAAUUGACCUUUCUCUGUUAUCUUCUCAGAAAAUUGUCAGACCACGUAUUUUCUAAUUUAUUUUAAGUUUGUUAUUUAAUUGUUUAUUAUUUGCAUUUAAUUUUAUUAAAGCACCACAUUUAUAAAAUAAUAGGAACAGCAAAUUUCUGAAUAGAAGACUACUGUAGCUCUCUCCAAAACCUGAGGGUGAAUGUCGUUCCCCUUCAGAGGGGAAAUUUUUUUCAGUGUUUUAAAUGACCCUUUAAAGUAAGUGGGGAAGUUCUGAAUAGAGACUCCGUAAGCCAAGCUUAAGUUUGUAAAUUGUAUUGAAUUGUGGGAUAUGUAAAUGAUGCAAACAUAUUUAUCCUGAAGGUACUUUGCCAGCAGAGAACACUUGAUCUGGAAAGAGAACCCAUUUAGUAACGAAACAGAAACAAAAACAAAAAAAACUAGAAGCGUGUGAAAGAAGCCUGGUGAGCUAUGAAGUUAUGUUCUGUGGGUGACAGACAAAAUAACUUGUGUUUUUGUAGUGAUAUGCUGUAUUUUCACUUUGAGAUCUGUAAGAGAUCUGUAAGCUAUCUCUAAGAAUAUACUUAUAUUGUCUUUGAUUUCCAUUCCUACAACUGUAAUAUUGAAAAAUAUGUUGAAAAAUCUUUGGGACCACACACACAAAAAACUUGGCUGUAUUAUUUAAUUAUUUAAUAUACAUAAGUUUAUCCAGUCUACCCCACACUUCCCAAUGAUGGCACUGUGUCUGAAGAAGUAUAAUUUCAAUGCUAGGGGGAAGGGAAUUGGUAUUUCUGUAUUUUAAUAUUUCCUAUAAAUUGCAAUUGAUCUGUACCCUGAUUUAUUUUGAAGUUGAUAUUAGUCUCUUUUUAAACUGGUGUCAUUUUUUAGACUACCUUGCACAGAUACUCGAAUUUUAGAUCACCAGAAUGUACUUCAUAUUGUCAUUUGUGUUUUUAUGUCAUACAGUUACAAUAACUCUCCAAUUCCUUCUUUUAUUAAGGUUUAAGUUUGACUUCUGUUCUUCCAGUGCCUAAGCUAUUCCUUAGAAAUAAACUGGGAACUUUUGGAAGUAUAGCAAGCUUUUCCUAUCAUUAGAGCAUUUUGAGUGUGUCCAGGUCCUAACUUCUGAAAUUCUAAUUUCAGCAGCCCAAUUUGCAUCUAAGGAAGAUUGUCUCUUUUGAAACAAUACUUUGCACAUAAUAGGAGCUUUAUGAAUGCAUUUGAAUUAUUUAAUUGAAUGCUUAGUUAUGUUAACAGGAAUUUGUUGCUAAUGAAAGAUCCUAUGUGUCUCUGAGCUUGGUGCCUCCACCAGGAUUUGUCAAAUUCGGUUAAAUUUAUCCUAGAGACCAAUAUUUAUUUCUUUGUGGGAAUGUGAGCGAAGCUUUCCCUCAAGGGUUUCAUUCUACAAACUAACAGGUUGAAAAUGGUAUGUUGUAAUAGGGAGAAGGGAAAGGGGUAUUUAGAUUACAAGCAUACUUCAGAAAAAUGUUGGAGUUUGAAAAAUAAAUGUUUGUACCAAGUGUUCAAGUGCCUCUCAGUUUCUUGGGUUUGAAAUCAUUUGGAUUGUUUUCUUUCACAAUAAAGGAGACUCAUUUGGCUCCACA